AUGAAUAAUACGAAUAGUUUUCCCAAAAUCUAAAAGGCAUAAUCAACAGUACAGUAUUUUUAUAUAAAUAUAGGCAAAACUUUUAAUAAGGACAGAAUGGGAUUAGAGUAUCAAUUCAAGCAUACCUUUAACGAUAAGAGCGGAAAUGUCAUAAAACCGAAUGAAAACUGAUUUUACAAAUAAACACUUUUAAACAAAUUCUGAUGUUUCUUAUCUCAAAAAUAAACAUAAAAAUUUCCAAUCCAUUGAAAGCAGCAUUUACAAAGAUCCAGAACUAUCUUAAACAGUAAAAACAAUAUUUAUUGGUUAUAGAAAUAUGAUAAAUCUUUACAAAGUUUUUAUAGUACAAUGUACAGAAAAUCAUAGAACAGAUUACAAUUCAAAAAUAAAAUUGAAAAGACUACUAUCAAGAGCGAAUGGUUGGACUUUGAAGAUUUGUUAAAAGAUAAGAAUUUGAUGGAGAAUGGGUUGUAAAAAUACUUUUUUGAUAUUUUGAAACAUGAAAUCAAGCAAUCACCAAAUUUAUCAGUUAUUCCACCGAAUAGAUAAUAAGCUUUGGAUUUGAAAGAGUGGUUGUUCUUCAUGCUUUAAAGAACGAAGGACAAAAGCAAAAGUUUAACUGCUAUUUAAAUAGCUGAAGAAAUUCAAUUAAUAUACACAUCUUGUUUUAAAGAAAUUAUAAAGUAACUAUUAAUUAACAAUGUAGACAAGUCAAAGCUGAAUGUGUGGAAAGAGGAGAAUUACUCUAAAUUAUAUGGGACUUUUAUAUCCAAUUGAUUGAUUAAGUAAUCAAAAGUUCAAAUUAAUAAAUGCAAAUUGUUGAAUAAGAAAUGAAAAAUAAAAUGAUUGAUUAGCAGAACUUUUAUAAUGAACAACUCCAUUAUCAAGAACAAAUAUAUAAUGAAAGCAAGAACCAAAUCAAAUAGAUACAAUUUGACUAUGAUCGAGCUUUGGAUGUUGAUUAACAGCAAAAGGAAGAGAUAUUACAAUUAACAUAGGAGUACAGAGAAGCACUUGAAAUAAUAGAGUAACAUAGAAAAUAAAUAGAUGAAUUGCAAUUAUAAAUUGUUAUGUUAAAAACAGAAUAAAUUAAUGAUAACAAUCCAGAAAAUGAGAAAAUUAAUAUCAAAGUGCAAUAAGGGUAGUCGAUAGUUUCACAUUUAAUGAAUUUUUAAGCUAAAAUUGAUAAUGAUUAGAAGUAUAGAAUCAAAUCUCCAUUCAAAUCAUAAGGCAGCAAAUCCCCUGGCAGAUCACCUAAGAAAAAUAGUGUAAUCUUUGAUAGAUGGGAAUAACUAAGGAAUUAAGAAAAUUAAUUGAAAUCUUAGAUCAUAUCAUUAAAAUAUUUAGAUUUUGAUAAAGAUCAACAGCCAUCAUAAAAUAAAAUAGUAUAAAUAAGUGGAACAACCGAUAAAUAUGUACAAACAGAUGAUGAUCAACUUUGGAAUUAACACUCUAACUUCCAAUUGUAAAGCACAGCAUCUCUGGAGAAGGCCAAAAAAGUAUCUAAUGAUUUGGAAUAAAAAAUAUCAAUGGCUUUGAAAAUGCUAGAAGAACAAGGAUUAGAUGAGAGUAAAAAGUUAUUGUUAUGCAGAACACUAAGUGAAAGUAAAGAAGUUUGCGAAUAAAAUAAAUCAUUAUCAAUGAGAUUGAUUACAAUGAAUAGAUUAGAUUCAAUAUAAAAAAUGGAAAUAUUGGAAAAGGAGGAUCUUUGCUAAGAAUUAGAGAUGAAACUGCAAUAAACGGUCUAAGAUUUUAUCUCCAUAAUCUCGAAUAACAAAAAGAAAGUGCACAGAUUAGUGACAAAAAAUACAUAGUUGAUUGGGACUUUGAAAUAAAUUGAAAGUAAAUAUGAAAUCAAAAUUAAUGAUGUCAAUGCAAUUGAAGAGGAAGAAUGCUAAAAUAAUAAUGAUCUGAAUGACAUGGAUCAAGAUGGAUAUGAUAAUGAAUUCAGUCCGGGUAAGGAAUCUUAAAAUUUAGAUGAUGACAUGCGUUCAAAAGAGGUAACAAUCAAAAUGGUAGAUUCAAUCAAUCUCAAAAAAAAAGUUGUUUAAAAAUCUUAAAAUUAUUAGAAUGCUGACUCAGAAACUAAUAAUAAUGAUUAACAGGAAUAAAUGGAGAAUUGUUUUGAUAAUUAAAUCUACCAUAAAGAUAUUAGAUACCUAUAAGAUAUGGAUAACAGUCAAAAAUAGUCGUCGUAUAUGGAAUUUAACGAUGAGGAAAUGUUAAAAGAUUCUAGAGAUUUAAUACCUUCUGAUAAUUCAAAAUCUGAUCUAUUAAUAAGUUCCCAUCAAAAAAUUAAAAAUAAAGAAUUGGAUGAAAACACUCUAUCUAAAAAUUACGAAUUGAAAUCACCUACAGCAGCAACUAAAAAUUCAAUAAAGGGUAGUCUCACAAAUUAAAAAUCAAUUUAGAGAAUAUAAUAGUAGGGAGAUCCAAAGACUAUCAAUCAAUAAUAAUAUCAUCUAAGAAAUAGCAAAAAUUUAUUAGACAAUAAUUCUAUGAAGCCUGGUAAAGCAAAUUCUAAACAUAAUAUAAGCAAUAGUCCCAUAAGAGAGAAGGAUGAAAUUUCGUAAAUGAGCCAAAGCUAUAGAAGUCUGGCAGAAUCAGAGGUUGAUGAAAAAAAUCGUUCUCAAAGAAUUAAAGAUGUGAUAUCGUAAUAUAAAGAUAAGCAAUUUUCAAAAUGUAACUCUUAUUUCUUAUUAUUUAGAUUCCUUUGUUCACAAAACACUUAAUUAUAAUUUACUCUAAGAAACAAAACAACCUAAAAAGUUUAGAAGGGUUUAUAGUUAAAAUACUGAUGUAGCUAAUAAUUUACUUAAAUAAGUGAUUAACAGUAAAAAUUUAACUAAAACUCUAUCUUUUCUUUAAUUCAACAAAAUUAUAAGUUAAAUAUUAACUGAAGUUUCAAAGUAAAGUGAAGCUUAUAAAAUACCAUUUCAUGUUUGUAUUUAUGAUUUCAUAAAAAAUAAAUAUGGGUUUAAAUAAGUUGCUGAAAAAAAAAUAAAAUAAGUAUUUCAUUAUUAUUAUCUUAAAGAUUUAUGAAUUUAUCAUAAUCGAGAAAGAUAAGAAUACAAAGGUUUAAUUAAUUUCAAAAUAUUGUAACUUAAAAAACGAAAUUGAUGAAGUUGCUCAAAAACUUUUGAUUGAAGCCUUUGUAUUUUUCAAUAAUAAAAUUGAAUCCAAUAAAACAGAAUUUCUAAUUACCUAUGAAUCAGCAAGCGAAUUUUUAAAUGAAAAAUCUUAACUUUGGUUGCAAGCCAACUAAAUACAACAACUAUAAACUUAGUAUAAAGUCUUAAUCUAAUAAUACGGAUCCAAUAAACAUACUAUUAAUUUUGAUUAAUUUAUAAUGAAAAUCUUAGAUUUUUAUAUAUUUAAUAAAAAGGACUAUUAAAAUAUUUUGGAAACAUUAUUUAAAGCUGCAGAUUUAGAUGGAAAUAAAUUAAUUGAAUACUAAGAAGUAAAAAUAUAUAAUAAACAAUAGUUUAAAACUCUUUUUAGAGCAAUCCACACUUAAUAGGAGUUAAAUGAAAGCUUGUUAUAGGUUUUUUUAAAAAACGCUGACUUUGCUGAUGAUUAAGGGGAUAAGUAUCUCACAUUACCCAGGUUCACUGAAAUGGCUAUUGAAUUAGCCAUUUUCCCCAAGGAAUCAGUUAUUAAAUAUGGAGAAGGAUGCGAAAAAAUAAAAGAGCAUUGGGAAACUGAGAAAAAUACUAUAAAACUCAGAUUUUUAGAAGCCAAAUAAUAUUCGAAAGUUAAACACACAUUUGUUGAGUUAGAUAAUUUGAUAAACAACAAUAAAAAAGAAAUUCAAAGUAAUACAUCAUUCUAAUAAUUAGAUAUUUUAUGGAUGAGCUAUAAACUUCUUAAUGAACAAUCUUUGAGAGUCUAUCUUAAGUAUUAAUUAUGCUUAUUUCAAGAUAUUAAACUUAAUAGUGUCUUUUUGAAUUGCUGCCCUUGGAAAUUUUAGAAAUUCAAUAGAAAUAUCAAUAAUUAGAUACAAUUGAAUGA